AUGAUUUUGAACGAGUUCCACAAUGUUCAGAAAACGGCUGAACAAGAAGAGGAGAAGAUCUGGUAAUUUAUUGUCCUUUUCAAUUCAUAUUUAAUUUUAGGACACAAAUCUUGGAAGAUGUGAGUUCAGAAUCGAGCAAAGCUAUUGAAGGUGGAGCUAUCAUACUGGGUAAUUUUAUUCACCUUAUGGAUUUGCUUAUAUAUUUUUAAAUAUUUACGGUUUAAUUUAGGUAACAACGGAUGUGGAAAGUCGAGUCUUGUAGCGCGUAUGAUUGGUAUUGAUCGCGUUCCAGUGCCUUCUGUUUUCGAAUACAACUUCUUAACAGUUCACGCUAAUGAAGAUAAUCGACAGGCGUACCAGAUUACCAGCUCGACGGCUCCGUUUGGUGCUCAUGAUUCUAUGAAUCUCCCAGUCUGGAUCUGUGAUGGUUCAGAACAAUCUACUGUCUUGUUUGAGUUCGCCUUUCCAAAACAGUUGUCAAAGUUGAUCAUCGUUCUCUGUGCAUCAGCGUCUAACCCUUCCAAGAUAUUCGAAUCACUUGAGUCUUUAUAUAACACUGCAGAGGAAACCAUCAAGCAAAAUUACAGUGAAGAUCAGAUAAAGGAGGCACAAGCAGCUCGUAAGUAACUUUAUUGUUGGUUUUAUGUGAUUUAGAAGUGAGAUUCUGGCAAGAAUACGUUGAACCAGCCGAAAGCAUGUACAUAGACAACACAGAGUUCAGGACUGAGAUUCUGGAGCUUGAAAGAGGCGUCUUAACACGAAAUUGUGGUGCUGCUGUCAUUGUAGUGUUGACUCAAUGUGAUGAGAAAAGGCUAUCAAAUGCUGAGGAUGCAGGACGACUACAUUAUCAGCUACGAAAGUUUUGUCUGAGUCGAGGAGCUGCGUUGGUAAGUUUUCAUAGGCUUUUCAUAUAUUUACUCUUACAAUUUUGUAUACAUUUUCAAGUUUACUUCCGACGGCUUACUUUUUUAUAUGUCAUUUUUAUUUGACAAUUUUCAGUUCUAUACUUCUGCAAAGACAGAAACCAACACUGCUUUGUUGAGGAAGUACAUUGCUCAUCGUGUGUACGGAGUGCCAUUUAGCAAACCGGCUUAUAUUGUGGAUGAAACGAGUAUCUUCAUACCGUCCGGCUGGGACACAAUGAACAAACUGGAAGGCGAAAAAGAAAUGCUAAAAGACGCGGAUCAGCCCUUCGAAUCGACUGGAGAAGAACUACCAAUCUCGGCGAGGGAAAAGCUGGUCGAGUGCGAAGAUGAGCAGAACUUUUUGCAUAGGUUUGCCAAGGUCCUCUCCGAAAGUCCUAUGUCCCCGAAGAGGGAUGCGAACUCGCAAGCAAUAGCCAACCCGGCUAAUCAGGCUCAACCCUCUCCGCUAGCCAAUUUCUUUGGAAACUUGAUAAAGAAAGAUGGUGGAAGUAAGUUCUACUUUCUAUUAUAAAUGACAUAACUUUUAAUAUUAUUAUUUUUUUAAUAUAUUAACUAAUAACUAUUUGUAAUAUAUUAACUAAUAACACGACUUUAGCGUCUCCGAGAACAGCUCCCACAAGCGCUGAAGCUGCGGCACACUUCCAGAAGCUAGCCAAAAAAGAACAGGAAUAG